GUGCAGAAGUUCUACCCCGUCGCGAUUGCCAAGAUGAACCUGUUCCCGUAUGCUGGUUGGGUCGGGUUUGUGGUCCACCUUUUCGUCCUGCUGACAGCCGGGGAGCAUUUGGUCGAGUUCGUGUCGAACUACCAGCAGCAAGCCGAGAUUGACUACUCAUUUCGGUACUAUAUCGAUCAUCCACCUUCCGGUGUGUCGUUAGAUCAUUGGGAAAACCGAAAGGGCGAUCACGUCCACGGAGGAUAUGGUGUCCUUGAGCCGGGAGGAUUCGUCCGAACGGUCCACUACGAAGUCGAGGGUGAUAGUGGUUUUCGAACGGUGAUCAAAACAACAGCACCGGGAAGCUCCCAGCAAUACAACAUUCAUAGUGGUGGCCGAAGGGCACCACCUCCACAGCCACUCUGGAAUACCAAACCAGUGGCCUUCGUGCAGGGAGGCCAUAAAUCGUAGCCCUUACUCAUUGGUUUGAAGGUGCAUUCCUUCCUU